CAUUAUUAGUGUUUAAGGAACAUGAAAACCACAUGAACUUGUUUUGUCUUCUCAUAAUCAACCACACCUAGAGAAGCAACAAGGGAGAUACACCAUAAAUGUCUUCACUUUCAAAGCAGUUUUUAUUGGUGAUCCCGGAAGCAAGCUACUUUCACUUCAUCUUCAAACUUACUUGAGAGAGAUCUACCAUUAAAAUCACAAAUUCAAUUACAAUGGGGGGAAAACUGAGGGAGACUACAAAAAGAAAAAAGGGAAAAAGAAUCUGGUUUCGUAGAUUUUUAUCAUUAUGCGGUUGUAUCAUUGAUGAGUCCCAUUAGUUAGAAAGCAGGUAGGCCAACAUAACGCAAAACGAAGUGCCAGUACAAAUGCUUUUUUAGCAGAAAGUAGACUUAUCAAGGCACUUGAAUCACAAAACAUGCCAUCAUUUCCAUGUCAAUGAAAAUGUGUAUAUGUGCCAGGCUGCCACCACUAAGUGAGCAAUCAAUUCUUAAAUGGGUCUUAUUGUGACGGUGGAUUGUUUCACUUGUUUGGUGAAUUAGUUUGGAACUUAGCAUAGCUAAAUCAUGAAACAAGACUUUGAUCUUGAAGUGGUGGCCUCAGCAGAAUAUGAAUCUGAAGUUAGCAGCCAGGUUGCUUCCAACAUAUCUAUUCAAGAAACCUGUGCAGGUCCUUGCAGUGACAACCUCGUCAACUCUCCCCAUGUCACAAAACCAAUAGAAUUUCAUCUCCAUUCAGAUGCUAUCUCACUUGACUUAACUCUCAACUUCAACAACAAUGACUUGGUGGUUACAGAUUCAACAGGACUCUCAUUCUCAAGCACUACUAGCGAGAGCAACAACGAUCCUCCCUCUCAGAGUACUCCCUCUCAAACCAUGCCACGGGUCUUCUCUUGCAAUUACUGUAACCGCAAGUUUUUGAGCUCUCAGGCUCUUGGAGGCCACCAAAAUGCCCACAAGAGAGAAAGAACAUUAGCAAAGAGAGCCUUGCGCAUGGGUUUUUUCUCUGAGAGGUAUGUCAGUCUUGCAUCUCUCCCUCUUCAUGGUUCUUUCAGGUCCUUAGGGAUAAAGGCACAUUCUUCACUUCACCAAGGCUUUUCACCAACAAUGAGACCUCCCGAGAUGAAAAGCAGUGCAAGAUUUGAGCAAGGAUAUGUUGGUUUUCCAAUAUUCUUGGAGGAGGAUGAGGCAGAACUCUUGUGGCAAGGUAGUUACCAUCAGGUUCCCUCUAAUGGAGGCCAUACUCAUCAGAAUUUCACACUGAGUGGAACCUCUAAUUUGAGUUUUAAUGGGGUGAAUCAUCCACCGGUUGACAUAGAGAACUCAGCACCUGAGUUGACAUUGAAACUUUGAAGGGAUUAUUUGACAAAUUUCUGGCUUCUGGUGUUUAUUUAUCAUAUUUCUGUACAGUAGGACAUGCAUGAAGGCAAUGGUGCCAGAUUGAUCACUUUCAUUAGUACACUUGCUGAUCUCAUGUGAUUUUGUUCUCAGGUUUUCCUCUUACAACUCUUUGGUUUGGUGUUUUUCUCUGUAUCUGUUACUGUACAAUUACUUUGAGAGGACAAGUUUCCAGAUUCUGUUUGCCAAAUAAAUCAUGUUUAUUUUCUACUGUAAA